GUCGGCUCAAUCUUUACGGCAUCGAGCCUCCGUCCCCGUCACCGAUAGCGGCUGGAUUAGUAAAGCUCCAACUUACCCGGAGUAUAUCAUAAAGCGAGUGUACGGCAUCGUCGGAUUAGCUGUAUUAUUCAACAUCGGCAGUGGUAUUGGACUCUCCAGAAUACCUCUAGAAGAAAAACGCAAGCAACAAUGCCUCGGGCUCUCACUCUCAAGCACAUCGAAGGCGCCAAGCCGGGCCAGGUCUACUACCCUCUCCAGAUCAAAGAGGUCCCCAAGCCGACCCCGGGCCCCAAUGAAGUCUUGGUCCGCCUCUCUACCGCCGCGCUGAACCACCGGGACCUGUUCAUACGCCGCCAUCUCUAUCCUGCCAUCUCGUUCACCAAUCCACUGUUGGCUGAUGGAUACGGCACCGUCGUAGCCAUUGGCUCGGCCGUGACGCGGAAGAACUUGCUCAACGCGCCCGUCAUCCUCGCCCCUAUGCGCGGCUGGGAGUCAGACCCUGCCGCCCCCGAGGAUAGUCGUAAGUUCACUGUCACGGGCGGUUCCAAGCUCACCGAGGUUGGUACUGCGCAAGACUACAUUGCCGUGUCUGAAGACGAGGUCGAACCUGCGCCGGAGCACCUGACGCCCGCUGAGGGUGCUGCCCUGCCUCUCGUUGGCCUCACGGGCUGGCGUGCCUUGGUCACCAAGAGCAAUGCUGCUUUCCCUGGGGCCAACAUUCUCCUGACGGGCAUUGGUGGCGGCGUUGCCUUGCAGGUGCUGCAGUUCGCUGUCGGCUUCGGGUGUAACGUCUUUGUGACCUCGGGUGACGAGGCCAAGCUCAAGAAGGCCAAAGAGAUGGGCGCUAAGGGAGGUGUUAGCUACCGUAAAGACGGCUGGGAGAAGGAACUCCGGGAACUUCUGCCCGCUGAUCGGCCAUAUCUAGACGCCGUGAUCGACGGCGCAGGCGGUAAUGUUGUGGGCAAGACGAUACGGCUCCUCAAGGCUGGCGGUGUCAUCGCACAGUACGGCAUGACGGUAUCACCCAAGAUGGACUGGCUCAUGUCGGCGGUGUUGGCCAACGUGGAGCUCAAGGGAUCGACGAUGGGCUCACGCAAAGAGUUUCGGGACAUGAUUGCUUUUGUCAAUGAGAAGAAGAUCCGCCCCAUCGUCAGCCGGACUGUCAAGGGACUGGACAACCUUACCGAGAUUGACGGCUUGUUCAAAGAUAUGGACGAGGGAAAGCAGUUUGGAAAACUGGUCAUUGAGAUUGCUUCCGGUGGUGACUCUCCGUCGAAGCUUUGAAGGGGGGAAAGGCGUUGGGAAAGUGAGUAAGCACAGGGACAAGGACUGGAUGUCAGGUAGCAUGCAUUUCGAGGAAUCGUAAUAUUCAACUAGGAAAUUGAAG